AUGGGUGGAAGCAAUUCCAACCCAUACCGUGACGCUAACACUGUUGCUUCCUUUGUAAGAAAUCAUCUUAUUUGUUGUUUUGGAUCGCUACGAGCAAUCGUGAGCGAACAAUGCUCACACUUUUGCAACAAGAGGAUAGCAACUUUGAUGAAGAGAUAUGGCAUUAUCCAUAAGGUAGCUACGGCCUAUCAUCCCCAAACCAAUGGCCAAGCGAAGGUUUCUAACCGGGAAAUCAAGAGGAUUUUAGAGAAGAUAGUGAAACCCCAUAGGAGGGAUUGGAGCUAUAGGAUCGAAGAUGCGCUAUGGGCCUACCGGACAGCUUAUAAGACACCAAUCGGCAUGAGUCCAUUUCGGUUGGUCUAUGGAAAGGCGUCUCACCUUCUAGUGGAAGUUGAGCACAAGGCAUAUUGGGUCUUCAAGGAAUGUAAUUCGGGGUUGGGGAAUGCCGAAAUUGGGAGAAAAUUGCAAUUGGAGGAAUUAGAGUGCAUACAGUUGGAGGCAUAUGAAAAUUCAAGACCUACAAGGAAAGGUGAAGGCAGCACAUGA